AAUAUAAGAAGAGCAGGCUGAGCACUCAGCCAGCUAGCGCAUCCGCCGUCGCAAAGGACCGACCCGCACCCCCCGCACCCGCGUCGCACUAUCGCCCGCUAUGGCAGCGCGAACAACAACCCAUCAAGCUAAAGCUUCGAUCGAUUUCCUCGCCAAAGACCCUUUUUACGAUCGAGUGAAACCGUACUCGAUCCAUCGUUCCUUGCCGACCACACUACCGCAUGAUAACCUUGUCCGGGAGGUUCACGAUGUACCUCUGCACGACCUGCGUAAGGAAGCGCACUCGCUAUCCUUUGAGGAAAAUGGUAUCGCCGUCCUGGAAAUGGCAAGUGCCAUGACCUACGAUGACUUUGAAGAUCGCCACAAAGUGGAACAGACAUACUGCAAAGAAGUGGCAGAUGCCUUAUUGAUGUACACAAACGCAGCCUCUGUGCAGAUAUUCGACUGCUCUAUACGCAAACGACACGAGGCAUGGCCUGAGAAGUCGUCCCGCGAACUUGAUGGAGAGGUACAAUCCAGUACGUAUCCACAACCUGCGCGGCAAGCGCAUAUUGAUAUCAAUGAGAAGGAAACCGGAGCCCUUGUCAAGGAGCUCAAUCCCUUUGAUUACGACAGGUUACUAUCAGGUAGAUACAUUACUCUCAAUGUCUGGCGACCGCUGUUCGGCCCUUUGCAAGACUGGCCUCUUGCCGUAUGCGACGCAGCCUCGGUCGAUCUUAUGCUAGAUUUCAUGGAUCUAGACAACAUUUACCUCAGCAGCGCAGAGGAUUUAAAUGAUACGCCCAAAAAGGGACUGGCCAACUUAAAAGUCAUUGAGAACGUACUUAUCCAUUACAAUCCUGCGCAAAGGUGGCACUACCUGAGCGACCACCAGCCUUCCGAAUUGCUUCUAUUUCGACAAUUCGAUUCCACCGGCAAGCCAGGAGUUCCGCAUGCCUCGUUCUACCAACAACCUGUGGGAACCAACUUUCCAAGAUGCCGGGAAAGCGUCGAAGUCCGCGUAAUUCUAUACUUCGAAUAGUUGGGAAGAUUGCGUCUAUGUGGAAGGAAACCAUUCAUUUAAUGUCAUUAUACGUAGUUAUCAUUCUUAGUCUCAUAAAGAUGCCCUUAUCACCA